AGUAAGAAACAAAAAUGAAGAAGAAAGCUUUCGCUUUCUCUUUCUUUCAAUAGCGGGCACAGGAAGAGGAAGGCGUCAAGCCAGCAAGGGAGGCGCGCAAGACCCAGGCAUCGGGAGCGGCGGAAGCAUUCCAGGUUGGCGCGGCGCUCGGUGGAGGCACGGGGCUUCCCCGCCCUGCGGAGCCCGCGCGCGCCGGGCGGGCGCUCGGAGCAGUUAUGGCAAAAAGAAAAGAGGGAAGUUUUCCAAUACCAGCAUCCAACAAAAGACUUAGACAAGAAGACAGAUAUGACUCUGAUGAUGAAGGGGAACCAUCACUGUUGCAGAGUGAGAGCAAUGCCAAUUCACAGUUGGUAUCAGGAGAAGUUGGAAUAAUUGAAAGAAUCCAGCUGAAGAACUUUAUGUGCCAUUCAAUGCUGGGCCCUUUCAACUUUGGAUCCAAUAUCAAUUUCAUACUUGGAAACAAUGGAAGUGGGAAGAGUGCUAUAUUAACUGCCCUUAUUGUUGGCCUUGGAGGAAAAGCUAUAGUGACGAACCGAGGAUCUUCUUUAAAAGAUUUUGUGAAAGAUGGGCAGAGUUCUGCAGAUGUUUCAAUAACUCUUCGAAACAGAGGUGAUGAUGCAUUUAAACCGGAAUGCUAUGGUGAUUCCAUCACUAUAAAUCAGCACAUAAGUGUGGAAGGCCAUCGUAGUUACAAACUGAAAAGCAGUACAGGUGUCUUAGUUUCUUCUAAGAAGGAAGAACUUACUGCAAUUCUGGAUCACUUUAAUAUCCAGGUAGAUAAUCCUAUAUCUGUACUAACUCAGGAAAUGAGCAAACUAUUUCUGCAAUCUAAAAAUGAAGCUGACAAAUACAAGUUCUUUAUGAAAGCAACACAGCUGGAGCAGAUGAAAGAGGAUUAUUCUCACAUAAUGGAAACCAAAGCCAGAACACAUGAUCAAAUUGCACAAGGAGAAGAGUUUCUCGAAGAACUUAAGAAGCAGUAUUUGGUGAAGGAGGAGCGCUAUAAAAGUAUUGCUGCUAUGAGUGAAAUGCAAAACGAGUUAAAGGUGCUGCAGCAUCAGAUAGCUUGGGCAAUGGUGAGAGACACUGAAAAAGAAAUAAAAACUAUCAGAGAUGAUAUUGCUGCUCAAGAAGCAAGAACUGCAAAAUUUGUUGAGAAAGUGAAAGAAUGGCAGGAUAAGGUAAAUGUGGCAGAAGUAGAACAUACAGCUAUGCAAGACAAGCUGCAGAAGAUAACUGAAGAAGCUCAAACAUUGCAGCCUUCAUGUAAUGCUUCAAAAACAGAAAUAAAGACAAAAAGAAAAGCAUACAAUGAUGCAGAGGUGGCCAAAGUAUUUGCUGAGCGGAUUUCAGAGCCUGAGAAGUUGGAAAAGCAGAAUAGAAUUGACCACUUAAAAGAGCAGCUGAAGAUGUUACAUGAUCAAAAUGAAGCAGUUGGUCAGGAGAUAAAGCAGUUCCAGGAGGCUGUACGUACAUAUGAAGAAGAGCAUUCUAGGUUAAAGAGAGAGGAACAUGAACUGAAACAAGUAUUGGAUCAGCAGCAACGACAGCUAAAAGAGCUGAAAGAGAGCAAAACAAAUAGACUGAAAAGAUUUGGGCAAUAUAUGCCAGACCUUUGUGAUGCAAUUGAAAAGGCCGAUCAACAGAGACAGUUUGUACAUAAACCAAUAGGCCCUCUAGGUGCUUUUAUCCAUCUGAAAGAUGCUGAACUUGCUCUGGGUGUGGAAGCAUGUUUGAAGAGCUUGGUCCUGGCAUUUUGCUGUGAUAAUUAUAAAGAUGAACGAGUGUUACAGACAUUGAUGUCCAAGUUUUGUAAAACUAGUUUUCGUCCCCAAAUCAUUGUUAGUUCCUUUCGGAGUAAUGUUUAUGAUGUGAGGUUAAGGUCUGCUGUACAUCCUGAAUUCCCCUCAGUCUUGACAGCACUCAACAUUGAUAAUGCUGUGGUAGCCAAUUGUUUAAUUGACAUGAGAAGCAUAGAAAGAGUCCUGCUAAUCAAGAAUAACUCUGAAGCUCGUAGAGUUAUGCAGCAAAACAAACCUCCGAACAAUUGUAAAGAGGCAUUCACUGCUGAAGGUGAUCAGGUGCUUGAGAAUCGAUACUAUUCUUCAGAAAAUUCCAGGCCCAGGUUCCUCAACAAAGAUGUGGAAGCAGACAUAAGCCUCUUGGAGAAAGAAAUUGAAAGUAAAAGAACUUGCCUGGCAGUAUUUCAGCAGAGAAUACGUUCCGCUGAGAAUGAUAGCCGAGAGAACAAACGCUUGCUGGUUGAUCAUCGUCAGCACCAAAAGGAAUUGCAAAUAAAAAUGAGGAAAGUAAAGCUAGAAAUUACAGAUCUUGAGAAUGUAGAAGAACAGCAGUCAGUGGUUAUCUCCACCCUGGAAGAAGAAAAACAAGAGAACAAGCUGAAGAUGAAUAUGGUUAAGGGCAGUAUACAUAACCAGAAGGAGAAUGUGGAGGAAUUGAAACAUAUUCUACAAGAGGCAGAACAAAAUUUUGCAGCACUUAAAGACAAGAUUGAUAAUAUACAAGAAGAUGCUGGUGCAGUCGAGGAAGGGUUACGUCAAGCCGACCAUGAACUUGAGAGAAGCAAAAUCAACUUGCAACAUUAUGAGGAAAAAGAGAGAAUCCAUUUGGAAUCCAUACAAAAGAGUAAAAAUAAUCUUGGUACAAAAGAAGAAGAAUUAGCGGAAAUGAUUGCAAAGGCUUCAAAGAUUCAUCCAGAGCGGAUAGAAGUUAAUAGAACCUUUAAAAGCCUUGAAACAGAAAUGAAUCACUUAAGAAGAAAGAUAAAUUCCGAAAGAGAACAUAUUGGUGAUAGAGAAGAAAUAAUAAAACAAUUUCAGGAAGCAAAAGAAAAAUACCAGGAUGCAGACAGCAAAGUCAGGAGUUUGAAGAAAUUCAUUAAAUUGUUGGAUGACGUGAUGACUCAGAGACACAAAACAUUCCUGUAUUUUAGAAGGUUCCUUACUCUGCGAUGCAAAUACUACUUUAACUCCUUGUUAAAUCAACGUUCGUUUUCUGGAAAAAUAGAGUUUGACCAUAAGUAUGAAAAGCUUUCAAUUACUGUGCAACCAGGAGAGGGAAACAAGGCUGCUCUGGAUGACAUGAAAUCUUUAUCUGGAGGUGAACGUUCCUUUUCCACCGUUUGCUUCAUCCUUUCACUCUGGUCCAUUGCUGAAUCUCCAUUCCGAUGUUUGGAUGAAUUUGACGUCUUUAUGGACGUGAUUAACAGGAGAAUUGCAGUGGACAUGAUGGUUAACAUGGCGGAUUCUCAGCGUUAUCGACAAUUUAUUUUGCUCUCCCCGCAGAACAUGAGUAGUCUGCCACAGAGUACUCUUAUACGAAUACUUCGAAUGCCAGAUCCUGAGAGAGGACAGACCACCCUGAAUUUCCGUCGUAGACGUGAAGAAGAUGAAGACAACAACUGAGUGCCUUAACCUGGACUGUGUAUUAUUAUCAGUUUGUUUCAUACUAUUUGUGGGCAUGUCAUAGGUCCAAUGUAUGUUUUCAUCCUGUUAGUUAAACUCAGUGAAAUUUAAACCUUUUUAAUUCCCCAGUUGUUGCAGUUUUCUUAUUGCAACUACAACAUUCUGAACAACAAAACUAUAUUUUAUCCCUAAGGGUUUUAAAGAGUAUUUUGGAGAUAGACCUGCAACAGUGUAUCUAUCUGCUUAUUCUUGCACUGGUGGUUCUAGAUGGAAGCUGCUGUUUUGUUGGAAUAAAUUUAGUAAAAGUUAAAUAUUUUGAGGGCAGACAUUUUUAUUCUAGAAGCAUUAUAAAUAAGAAAUACCUCUUACAUAAUAUUUUGAAAUAGUUUCACAAUGAAAGGUUUUUGCACCUGUAAUAGCAGUUGAGAAAUAAAACCCUUUUUCAUAA